CAAGUAGGGCGGUCCAAGCCCCAGGCGCCUAUCAAUGGGCCAUCGAUACGUUAUAUGCUCCGAGACAUUUUGAGUGGCCCUUUACGUUUUAGAAGCAUAUGCAAUGCUUCUCGCGCAACUUCUCACAGGUUGUCCUGUGGCUAUCACAGAAGUCAUCAAUUUUCUGGGCACGCUAGCGCGCCAAUGCUUUGCUCCACAUUGACACAUUCCGUAGAAUGCGUAAUUGUGAUUCUUACUCCGCGACGUUUGAUCUUCAUUUUGGACCUCGUGUUCCGGUUGCUGGUAUAUAAGAUGGCCCAGCAGCCCGUUGGAGAAUACUUCAGUUCCCUCGCCACUGAGACCGGUCCCGUCAAAUUUCUCUUCCUUCCGAGUUCUUGCUUCUUCCGCAAUGCAAAUCAUCCUUCACCAGAAAGCUGCGGCCGUCGACGGCCAUGAUUUUUCUGUGACAAAGAAACCGACACCUUUAAACGAAAUCCAUCGCGCCCUCAACGUUACAUGCCUGAAUCCUCGCCUACUCCAUAUGGAUAAGGAGAAUGUGCAACAUAUGAGUGACGCCGAGUUCCGAACAACCGCGGUCUGGCCACCAACUGUUCCUUGCUUGAGAAACCCGUGGUCAGUGGACAUGUGGGCGCAAGAGCCUUCGAAGCAGGACUGGGGCACCGAAAAGUUAAUCAUACGUCCCAUCCCGCAAUUUUCAACGAAUCUGGGAGGAAAUCGGCGCACGUUCGCUCACGUACCGAAUGAAGAAUUCAUGAAGAAAUGGAAUAAGACAGCUCAGGAAGCCGCGCCUUGUUUCCCUCACUCAUCCAUGCAACCUCAUGUCAUGCAGCACCCGCGCCCCUUGCCUGAGCCUCGAACGCGCCGCCAGCAUCGUAUAGCGCAGGGGAUACCCAUGCAGGCGUCUCGAUCUCUAGCUUGUACGACCGCCAGCCCGCAAAAGCGUCAUUGCAAAAAGAAGACAGCUAGUUCGUCUCAUCGUACACCACGUUCUUCACCUCGUCGCGACGCAAAAUUCUUUGCGCGAGUCGCCCGCAUGCGCCAGUCGUUGCCGGCGAACGCUCAACCGAACGUACAGUGUCGUUGGCGAGGGGCGUACCCUUGCACAUUCAAGGGGACGAGGCUCGAAGUACAGGAACAUAUCGAGCAAGAACACAUCACAGCUUCUCAAGUCAAAUGCAAGUGGGGUUCGUGCGAAACCCGUCAUGGAUUUCCAAAGGAUCUUGUGCGGCAUCUCAACUUGCAUGAGGAGAUCAGGGUUCCGUAUCCAUGCGACUUCUGUGGUCAAAAACUGAGCCGCCGAGAUGCUUUGAUUAGGCAUAUGAACUUACUUCACUGAACGUUCAGAAUCACUAGCCAAGUCAUGUUCUGUGAUUCCUUGUCCAUCGUCAUCAU